UUUGAGGUGGCUCUUAACCAGGAAGAGGCCCGUAGAUUGCGCCGAGCCCACUACACCUCUGCCCGGCAUGCACUUCAUCUCCACAUCCUUUGCUCUCGCCGGGAUCCUGGCCGGUGUGGUUACCAGCGCACCCACCACCCGAAAAAUCGCGGAUUAUAAAGGGCGGAUGCUCGAGCUGCCCCGCGGCACGGCGACGAACCUGACCCGCAUCGUCACCGCGGCCAACUCGAGCAGCAUCGAUCAAAACUGGCUGUUUUUGUACGCCAUGCACGGAGACGAGAACGAAUACGAAGUGACGAGUGCCGCGCCGUCGUCCAACUACUCCGUUCUGUGGUAUAUCCCUGGGCAUGAGGCGGGUCACACGCACGCCGCGCCCGAUAUCGUCGGCGCCAGGGGCCUGUACGAACACACCUUCUGGGACGUCACGCCCGUCGCAACGCCGCGAAAGGGGUAUCAGUUCGUCGACAAGCCUACCGGGAAGUGGGCGAUGUCGUCUUCGCGGAGCGGCAAGUUGACAGUCGAGCCGCGGAAGGGAAGCAAGGUACCCAAGGAACAGGUCUUCCAGCUCAUUACGCCUUCGGGCUCUACCUGAGUGCUGAACUCAUUAAUGAAUUCAUACAUACAGUCCUGAGUCAGAUGAAUCAUGGAAUAUAGCCUUUACUUGUUGAUCGGUGAGCUAUUGGGAGCGAAGUCUGCCGUCUGGUCCCCAGCAUCGGAUACGCCAGUGGAAGUGCUCAAGAUGGCAGAGCAUUGAGGGUUUCUCGUAGCCCCUGUUCACCCAAUAGUCGACAGAUCGAGUGAUUCUCGGGCAUGACGCUGUCAACCUGGAGCGAAGUACGUCUGGUGCAUCAUUCCUAGGCGCAGCGGCCAACCGUUGAAGUAUAAAGUUCUAAGAAGGAAGCGACUUCGCAAUCCACGAGAUCCAGCUGCUUACAGCACAGUCAACUGUGCAGAUGAGUUCAAACAAUACUCAGUCAAUAAAAACGGCCCUAAUCAGCGAACAUAAUCUCGUCAUGCGCUGGAGCAUCACUCACGUGGGAAGAAUAUACACCUGAUAUCGCGACACAAGCAUCAGGAUCAUCACCGAUGACGUAGCAGACACCACGACGGCAGUCUCACAAAACGCGCUCCUGAAAACGUAACCGCUCACCUCACUCCUUCAUCCCAGACACACACCUCCACAUCAUGAACACGCCGUCGCGCAACACCGAAGGCAACGCUGAUCUGCCGACGCGAAAAGAGCCGCUGCUGCGGACGGACGUGAAGAAGCCGCUGGCGUCGACGCGCCUGAAUCGGCUGAUAUACCUGCUCAUCCUGCUCUCGACGGCCAUGUCGGCGUACUACACGUACCGGGUGGUGCAGUGGAAGACGGACGUCGGUGGAUGGUGGAACCUCGCGAUGGGCGUCCGCCCGCCGACCGCGCACUCCGACCCGCGUCCCAACUCGAAAUCCAAGUCUACGCCGUCGUCGGAAACCGUGGAAGACCGCAUCUCCGCGCUCGCAGACGCACUGGGCAUGCCCUCCGCCGACCUCGCGUCCGCCAUCGCCGGUGCCGUGCGCGCGUACGUCCCGCCCGCGAGCCUCUCCUCGAUCGCGGUGCACCAGACGGGCGAGGCGGUGAAGGUGCUGCUCGAUACGGAUCCGGAGGCGGGUGCCCAGCAAGGUGCCGGGGACGAUGCUGGCUAUGCGGCUACGCUGGCGAGCGGGAUGGGCAGUUUCGUGGGCAUGGACGAGCCGUGAUCGGCGUCGUUU